CCCGGAAGCGGAAACGUGAAAAGUCCGGGGCUGGAAGCGUCGCCACUCUGUUUUGAACUCUUUGGGGGGAAGGAAGUUUCAGAGCGGCUGCGGAUUCCCCGCGUGCAGAUCACUUCCUUGUGGGACUCGGGGUGCGUCAAUCAGGGAAAGAUGCCUUCAGAGGUCAACUAUGUUUUGCUUCAUACUGGACAAAAAAUGCCUCUUGUAGGACUGGGGACAUGGAAGAGUGAUCCUGGGCAGGUGAAAGAAGCAGUAAAGUGUGCUCUUGGUGCAGGCUAUCGUCACAUUGAUUGUGCUGCAGCUUAUAGCAAUGAAGCAGAGAUAGGUGAUGCUUUCCAGGAGAUGGUUGGAGAUAAUAAGACUGUUAAGAGGGAAGAACUAUUUGUGACGUCGAAACUAUGGAAUACCAAGCACCACCCUGAAGAUGUGGAACCAGCUUUAAAGAAAACCCUAAAAGAACUGAAGCUAGAUUAUCUGGACCUCUAUCUUAUGCAUUGGCCACAUGCUUUUGAACGGGGAGAUAAUCUCUUCCCCAAGAAUCCAGAUGGCACCAUGCGUUAUGACUCCAUUGACUAUAAAGAAACUUGGAAAGCCAUGGAGAAGUUGGUGGAGAAAGGUUUGGUGAAGGCUAUUGGUUUAUCCAACUUUAACAGUCGUCAGAUUAAUGACGUCCUUAGCAUCGCUUCGGUCAAACCAUCUGUAUUACAGGUGGAGUGCCACCCUUACCUGGCCCAGAAUGAACUGAUAGCGCAUUGCCAUGAACGAGGCUUAGUAGUGACAGCUUACAGCCCUCUUGGUUCAGGUGACCGGAUGUGGAAGCACCCAGACGAGCCGGUGCUGCUGGAGGAACCUGGAAUAAAAAAGAUAGCAGACAAAUAUGGCAAAUCCCCUGCUCAGAUCCUCCUCAGGUGGCAGGUGCAACGCAAAGUGGUCGUCAUUCCUAAGAGUGUCACUCCGGCGCGCAUAGUCCAGAAUCUCCAGGUAUUUGACUUCAGUCUAACAGAUGAAGAAAUGAGUUUUAUUGGGAGCCUGAAUAAAAACUGGCGAUACAUUGUGCCAAUGGUUACGGUGGAGGGAAAACUAAUAGCAAGGGAUGCUGGACAUCCUCUCUAUCCCUUCAAUGAACCAUAUUGAUUCCAGUAGUUUACAGCACUGAAGGAAACUACGUUGAAGACUGCCACUUCAAUCUGAUAUUAGACUUUCAAAAAUCAAAAUAAAAUGUUGUGUUUCUUUAAGAAUGUAUAUUUACCUUUAUUAAUUAACACAUGUUCAAAAGAAAUCAGAGAGCCUGUAUAUGAGACUCCUGAGUGUACUAACCUGCCUUGAUCUUUCUUUACAAAGUUGACCAUGAUCCCCAUUAGAAAUACAGGCUCAAUGCAAGGAAAAGGAAUAAAUUGUUGAAGGUGUACCGUGAAAGCAUUUUAAAAUGAAAAUGCACCACAAGUUUGCACUUCUGCCUUCAUUCAGAAUUACAAAGCUAUGCUUAGCAGUGUUAAUGUUAUCAUUAAUAUGUAUGUGUUCAGUAGUACAAACCGGUUUGUAGGAGUGUAGUUAAAAGAUGUCUCAUAUUAUUGUUGCCUUUGUGGGUGGAUGGGAAUUUAUCCUCCAACCCAGUAUUUUGAUAUCUCAAUAAUUUAGUAGCAUAUCUUUCUCCUUUUUUACAUGGAUUGUGUUAUACAUUAAUUGGAUGGAUGGUGAAGUUCAGUAUAACUGUAAUUGAUCUAUUUGACCAGUUUUACUAAAUCAGAAAUAUCCAGUAUCCUUUGGAAAUCAUGAUAACAUCUGAACUGGACACUGUAGCCUUUUGUUCUGAAAGUUUAAAAUUGUCAUCUUUAUAUUUCUUCUGUAUUACAAGGAUUCUUACGUAAAGUAUUAGCUUAAAAUGAAAGUUUUCCUUUUCAGCAAAUAAAUAUCAUUUUGUAUAUAUUAGAAAA